AAACGGCCACCGUUGAGGGCGGGGGGGCUGCGUUCGCUCUCCGAGGCAGCUGACCUCCACCGAUGGUGCAGAGAACCCACCUUAACGAAGGCCCUUCUCCUCACGCCGCGCCGGGCCUCCUCCACCCCACCGGCGAGCGGCUUACCUGACCUGGACCAAGGGGAGGAUGGCUCACAGCCAGGCUAAGAAAAGGAGGAGGAGUCGAAGUGAGUCCAAGGAGGAGGACAAGAAACGGAGGAAGUCCAGCAAAGAUUCCCGAGAGAGGAAGAGCCGGUCUCCCGCAAGCAGAAAAGAAUCUGAAGCCCGGGAGUUCAGGAUGGACUUACCCUCUUCCAAAGAAGUGGAAAAGAAGAAGAAAGCGAAGAAGGAAAGGAAGCGGAAAGCCAGCUCCUCUUCCUCCCGGACCACCUCCUCCUCGUCUUCCGCAUCCUCUUCCAGCGCCUCUUCGGAAGAGUCCAGCGACGAAAAGCCUGAUCCCGAAAGGAAAAAGCGGAGGAAGAAGAAGGCAUCCAGAGGGAAGGACAAGAAGCGGAAGAAGCGAAAAGAGAGGAAGAAGAAGAAGAAGAAGAAGAAGAAGGCCAAGAAGGAGAGGGGAAAGCAGGAGGAAGCCAGGAAGGAGGAGCUGCCUGGCCCUUCCUUGGAGCAGUGGCAGAAAGAGGCCGUGCCGGAUUCUGGGCCUGCCCUUACGGAUGAGCAGAAAUUCCGCAUCCAGGCCAUGAAGCCGAUGACAAAAGAGGAAUGGGAUGCGCGCCAGAGCGUUAUACGGAAAGUCCUUGACCCCGAAACAGGCCGCAUGAGGCUUAUUAAGGGCGAUGGCGAAGUCCUUGAGGAGAUUGUUACGAAAGAAAGGCAUAAAGAAAUUAACAAGCAAGCCACCCGGGGAGACAGCCUUUCCUUCCAGAUGAAGAUGGGGAUGCUGCAGUAAUGUGAUGGACUCCUGAAAUAGCAAAGAUGGUUCCCUGGCAGUUUGCAAAGGUUUUGCCCAAACGAGGCAUGCCAGAAUGCCAGAUGAGAGGGCCACCAUUAUCGCAUGCAAGGGUUUAUGCCUUGUUUUGGGGGGGGCUCCCCUUCUGCUGCAGGGCCCCCUUGAUUUCCCGGGGGUCAUUUCCGCUGCUCUCCUCAGCUCCCGUCGAGCGCAGGGAGCAUAGUUCCACCAGGUUCUUCCUGGGAAAGAGAGAGCGAGUGGGAAGCAGGAGAAACUUACGGAUUCAGGGCUGGUGGUGCGGGAGCUCCUGACUGCUUUCUCCACAGCAAAGGGCCCCUUCCGAGCAAUUCCUUGUGGCUAAGGAGGUUCCACGUCUCCUGAUCCCUAUUCUGUUAUUGGGCAGGACAAAGGAGCAAUUCCUUUUUGUCCUCAGAAAAUACCAGCGUUGCCAGCAACGCAAUCCCAUCAGAGACCGGGGCACUGCAGGGAGCUGUGACUCAAUACAGUACGGGAGAAUGACUCAUCCACUCCCUGUUCUCACUGGGGAACCGCGCGCGGGCCUGCAGGUCUGCCUCGCGAUGCCCCCACCCCACCCCAGCAAGCAGGCCCAAGAGCUUCAGGGCAGUCUGGAAUGAGGCCUCCGGGCCCAGGUCUCCACUGGCUCCGCAAAGGCGGCUCAGCGGCCUCUCAGCCAGGGACAGUAAAGACCAGGCUUCGGAUUUCCAGAUGAGCGAUCCUGGAUUCUGGCUGUGGCAGGGCUGGGAGGCUUUUGGCCCUCCCCGAUUGGUUGGACUUCAAAGAACAUCUGGAAAGUUGCCAGCCACUCAGCCCCGGCGUGUGAUUUGACAUUUCACACUCUGCCACUGAUAGGCAAAGAAAGGCGUUUUAGCUCCCUAAGCUCCAACAGGGACGUCUCGCUAAACCUCCUCUCUGCCGGUGCCUCUAGCUUAAUUCUGCACUGGUUUCUUCCUCCCUCCCCAGAGAAUGUUCAGAGCCUUGUCAAUCAUUCCUGGCCAGCCACUUCAUGCAACUGGCACAUAAACCUCACUAUGAGGAAGAUGUUUUUUUGUAACCCUUCCGAUUCCUCCCAUUUCCAACCCUGGUUCGGCUGAUCGCUCUACAAGCAAAGAACGGGUUGCCCUGGCAAAGAGGCCUGGUGGAACUGCGCGCUUGCAAACCCUUAGCGUCCUUUGGCAAUCAAACAGCUGCUGAGCUUGCUUAUGUAAACGCCGUUCCCAUUAUGACCAGUUGAUCAUUAAUCUGUUCUUGGAACAAACCGCACAUGCUGAAUUCACCCCAAAGGGAAAUCAAACAGAAGCAAGAAAGAAAAUAUCAUAGUGUAUAUUUAAAAUUCUGCAGAGCUCCUGGUCCUGCAGAGUUAAGUGCAUUUAAAUCAUGGUGAUUUCCAAAGGACUGCUAAAGGCAAGUUUAAUAUUCUUCCACUGAAACUAGCAGAACUAAAGAGUGUUUUUAUUUGGCUGGAUUGUACCCUUUGCAUGCAUGGUUUCCUCUUCAAAACUGCAAGCGCUAGGCUAAAAGAAGAAUUCAAAUUGUCCAAGUGAUCAAUACCAUGUUGUUUGUCCAACUGGAAAUGCUUAUACAGGAUGCUGAUAUAGCUAAUUAAAACGGUCUUCUAAAUGA